UUUUUUUAUUGAUAGUGAGAGUUUUGAAGGUGGAGAGAGAGGGGGUGGCAUGCAGCAAAGGGCCGCAGGUCAGAUUCAAACCCGGGCCGCUGUGAUAAGGACUCCCCCUCUACCAGGUGAGCUACCGGGGCUGGAUAGAUUUAUGGAAACAUCAUGUUUAGGGUUAAAAUAAGCACUUUGUUAAGGUUAGGAGACUUUUGUCGUCUUGCUUACCAUAAUAACCACAUGGUUAAGGUCAGGGAACGAUUGUGGUCACGGUUUAAAAAUAACAAUGUUGAUGGUCAGUUGGACACAGGAAAAGAACAGCGGCUGAAUCUACUGAUUCUGACGUUGUUCUUGGGAAGACAGUUGACAAUGCAAAUUUAACUGCCCACAAUAAACUUGUGACUCAGCAUCAAGCUGUAAUUUCAAAUCAGGAUUGUAAAGGAAAAAUAAACAUUUACAUGAAGUCAUCCAUUGCAUUGCUUUUUGCAUUAACAGGCCGGUGGACUUUGUCCGUGACGGAGAGAAGCUGCGCUUGAAUUUCCAUAGAUUUGCCUACGAACAGUAAUGAAAGAGCUGGGGUCGCAUGUUGAGACACACAGUCCACAGGUCAGCAUGAUGAUGGAGAGGAUCUUGCUGGGUGUCUUGAGUCUCUCAGGGUGGAUCAUCCCCUCCAUAUGCCUUCACCGUCAGUACCACUAUGUUGCUGAUUUAAAGACUUGGACUGAAGCUGCCUCCUACUGCAGACGGACAUACACAGACCUGGUCAGCAUUGAAAACACUGAAGGAAUGAACCAACUUAUGAACACAGUUUCAUCUUCCAGCAACAGCUCUGAAGUCUGGAUUGGUCUGUACAGUGGAAUCGUCUGGAGGUGGUCUGAUGGCUACAGAGGGACUGGGUCUAGAUACAGGAACUGGAGAACUAGUUACAAUGAACCAGAUUUUAGUUCAGGUGAUCAGUUCUGUGGGCUCACUACACGUGGUGGAGGGUGGCAUGAUGGUACUUGCAAAGAUAAAUUUCCAUUUAUCUGUUACAGAGGAACACAGCUGGAUCCUGAAUUUGUUGUUGUGAAUGAAAGAAUGAAUUGGUCCAGUGCUCAGAGGUACUGCAGGGAGAACUUCACAGACCUGGCCACUGUGAGGAACGACACUGAGAACCAGGAGAUCAAGCGUUUUGUGCCGUGUGGAGAUUGGGCAUGGAUUGGCCUAUUUAGAGAUCCAAAUUUUAAUUGGUCUGAUGGUAGCAACUACAAAUUCAGCUACUGGGAUAACGCUGACAACCCACUUGGCUCAUUGACACAUGUAUGUGCUGUUGCUAUGCAAAGAUCAGGAAAAUGGAGGGCUUUUGACUGUGAAAGGAGAUUACCGUUUGUCUGCUACAGCCUCCCUGCAAAUAGGCAGGUAGUAAGGCUGAGGAUGAAGCCGGAAGACUCCUCUCUGGAUCUGAAUGACCCUGCUGUGAAAGCAGACAUCCUGAAAAAGGCACGGUGGAUCAUCCCCUCCAUAUGCCUUCACCGUCAGUACCACUAUGUUGCUGAUCCAAAGACUUGGACUGAAGCUGCCUCCUACUGCAGACGGACAUACACAGACCUGGCCAGCAUUGAAAACAUUGAAGAAAUGAACCAACUUAAGAACACAGUUUCAUCUUCCGGCCACAACUCUGAAGUCUGGAUUGGUCUGUACAGUGCAAUCGUCUGGAAGUGGUCUGAUGGCUACAGAGGGACUGGGUCUAGAUACAGGAACUGGAGAACUAGUAACACUGAACCAGAUUUGUAUUCAGGUGGUCAGUUCUGUGUGGUCACUGGAGGUGAUGGAAGGUGGUAUGAUGACUUUUGCAAUCGUGAACAUCCAUUUGUCUGUUACAGAGGAACACAGCUGGAUCCUGAAUUUGUUGUUGUGAAUGAAAGAAUGAGUUGGUCCAGUGCUCAGAGGUACUGCAGGGAGAACUUCAUAGACCUGGCCACUGUGAGGAACGACACUGAGACCCAGGAGAUCCAGAGUUUGGUGCCAAGUAGAAGCUUGGCAUGGAUUGGCCUAUUUAGAGAUCCCAAUUUCAAUUGGUCUGAUGGUAGCAACUACAAAUUCAGCUACUGGGCUGCCGCUAAAAACCCAUUUGGCUCAUUGACACAUGUAUGUGCUGUUGCAGCUUUGCAAAGUUCAGGAAAAUGGAGGGCUUUUGACUGUGAAAGGAGAUUACCGUUUGUCUGCUACAGCCUCCCUGUAAAGAGGCAGGUAGUAAGGCUGAGGAUGAAGCCGGAGGACUCCUCUCUGGAUCUGAAUGACCCUGCUGUGAAAGCAGACAUCCUGAAAAAGCUCCAGGACAGACUGGAGACGAAAGUAGCGGGAGCCACCCUGAAAUGGAGAGAGCAGCCUGAUGGGAAGGUCUUCUUCAAGGAAGGGAAAAGUUCUCAGAAGAAAGAAAGAAAAAAGACGGAGCUCUGAAAUUUAAACCCAACUUUAGCUGUGCUUAUAGGCUUAUCAGAAACCCAUGGUGAACAUGCAUUAUAUGUGCUAUAAAAUGUAGGGCUACUUGGUACUUCAUCAUCAAUACCGCUGUGUGAUGUGUUUUAAUUGUAAUUCUUAGUCCAGAAUAUAUACCGGUAUGUAUGAGGAGUUGUUUUGGCUUCAAGUUUCUUAUUUGGCUCUGUAGAAUUAUUUCAAAAUAAAAGCUGAUAUCAUAUUUGUGUCUGUGUGUCUAUAUUGAAUAGUAACAAUAAUCUAACAAGCUAAUAUAAUAUAGCACAGCAAUUACAAUAACAUAACUAUAACACUGCUAAUUUUACUUAAAGCUUGGGUAGGUAACAUUGGAGAAACCAGCAAGAGUACACUAGUGCACAGGCAGAGUGCACGCAGGUAUGUAGACAGGCAUGAAAUGACUGGACGGGCUUAUUACAGUCCUGCGAAAGCCAUAGAUACAAGAUUUGUUUCUCUUUUUUUAACUCGGAGCAUUUGAUUUAUUGAUUACUGUCAAAGAAUUUCAGCAAAACUUAACAAAAGUGUUUCUAAAAUACAUUACCCACCCUUUAAGUAAAUGAUAUGAAUACUUCCAGCACUGACACACACACACACACACACACACACAAACACACACACACACACA